AUGGAUCUUCAUUCGCUAGACGAUAUGAUUCUUUAUGACUCUAACUCCGACGAUGAGUUGGAGACAAUUGGGAUAGUUGCUGUGGAAGAGCAACGACUAGCAGCCAAUAGUUCAUCAAGAUCACGACGUAAUUCUAAUCGACACUGCAAAUUCAUUUGGCGCAAUUCUUUGCAAGGUCACCAAAGACUCUUUCUAGAUUAUUUUGCUGAUCCACCAGUAUAUCCUUCCAAUAUAUUUUGGAGGAGGUUUCAAAUGAAACGUUCUCUUUUUCUCUGUAUUCAAUAUGCGGUAGAAGCUCAUGAAUCAUGUUUUGUCCAGAAAAGAAAUAGUGCUGGAGUGCUCGGUUUAUCUUCCCUUCAGAAGAUGAUUGCAGCACUUAGAAUCCUCACUUAUGAAGUAGCAGCUGAUUUUAUGGAUAAAUGCUUGAGGAUUGUAGAAAGUACCGCAAUGAAGAGUCUAUAUUAUUUUGUCAAAGCGGUGGUUGAAAUUUAUUCGGAUCAGUAUUUGAGGUCACCAAACAACAAUGACAUUGCUAGACUACUAGCAAUUGGCAAAAGUCGUGGCUUUCCUGGAAUGAUGGGAAGCAUUGAUUGUAUGUACUGGACAUGGAAGAAUUGCCUGGCUGCAUGGAAAGGUCUCAUAAUGAUAUCUAUAUACUAG